CGGGCCGGUCCGCGGGGCUGCGAGUGGCGUCCUCCUGCCGGCGCCGGAGUGGGGCUGGAGGCGGGGCCGGGGCACGGCGCGGGGCCGCCCAGCUGCGCGCUGCUCCGCGCUCCUCCGGGCUCUGCGCCCACAGGAGGAAGUAACAGGAGAACUGUCUGACAUCUGGUACAAACCCCAAGCAGCAAGCCCCGAAGCUGAAGCGAACUUGGCCGUGCCUGUUGGCUCCAGGAGUCCCUAUGGAUUAUGGCAGGAAAAGUGAAAUGGGUCACUGAUAUCGAGAAGUCCGUGCUGAUAAAUAACUUUGAAAAGAGAGGAUGGAUCCAAGUGACAGAAAACGAAGAUUGGAACUUUUACUGGAUGAGUGUACAAACCAUCCGGAACGUUUUUAGUGUCGAAACUGGCUAUCGGCUCUCAGACGAUCAAAUAGUGAACCAUUUUCCGAACCACUAUGAGCUGACCCGGAAGGACCUGAUGGUGAAGAAUAUUAAAAGAUACAGGAAGGAGCUGGAGAAGGAAGGGAGCCCUCUAGCAGAAAAAGACGAAAAUGGGAAAUACCUCUAUCUGGACUUUGUUCCAGUCACCUAUAUGCUGCCCGCCGACUACAACCUGUUCGUGGAAGAGUUCAGGAAGAGCCCCUCCAGCACCUGGAUCAUGAAACCUUGCGGCAAAGCCCAGGGGAAGGGCAUCUUUCUGAUCAACAAGCUCUCGCAGAUCAAAAAGUGGUCCCGGGACAGCAAGACGUCUUCGUUCGUGACUCAGUCUACCAAGGAAGCCUACGUGAUCUCCCUCUACAUCAACAACCCACUGCUCAUUGGCGGGAGGAAGUUUGACCUCCGCUUGUAUGUCCUGGUGUCCACGUACCGCCCGCUGCGCUGCUACAUGUAUAAGCUCGGAUUCUGCCGCUUCUGCACCGUGAAGUACACGCCGAGCACCAGCGAGCUAGACAACAUGUUCGUUCAUCUCACCAACGUCGCCAUUCAGAAACACGGGGAAGACUAUAACCACAUCCACGGGGGCAAGUGGACCGUGAGCAACCUGCGGCUGUACCUGGAGAGCACCCGCGGCAAGGAGGUGACCGGCAAGCUGUUCGACGAGAUCCAUUGGAUCAUCGUGCAGUCGCUGAAGGCCGUGGCGCCGGUGAUGAACAACGACAAACACUGCUUCGAGUGCUACGGGUACGACAUCAUCAUCGACGACAAGCUGAAGCCCUGGUUGAUUGAGGUGAACGCGUCCCCGUCUCUCACCUCCAGCACCGCCAACGACCGAAUCCUGAAGUAUAACCUGAUCAACGACACUCUCAAUAUUGCGGUCCCGAACGGCGAGAUUCCAGACUGUAAAUGGAACAAGUCGCCCCCGAAGGAAGUCCUCGGCAAUUACGAAAUCCUCUAUGACGAAGAGCUGGCGCAGGGCGAUGGCACUGACCGAGAGCUGAGAAGUCGUCAGGGCCAGUCGCUGGGGCCCAAGGGGGGCCGGUCUCGAGACUCGGGCAGAACCGUCCUCACCACCUGGAAGUGAGCACCAGUCACCGCGAAAGACGGCGAGCCAGACCCUGCCGGAUACUCAGUGCACCUGGGCCCGUUCCAAAAUUUUCCUUUUUCUAGAGCUUUUUCCCCCCUUUCCUAAGCGCUGUAAAUAAAGGCACUUCUUUGGAAGGUUAA